GUGCGGGUGGCCUGCCCGGCAGCGGUGUCCUCCCCCGGGCAGCCGCGCGCCCGGGGAGCCCCGGUGGGCUGGGCAGGUGGCCGGGAGGGCGAGCGGUGAACGCGGCAUGGGGGACGGCGCCGACACGGCCUGCCGCUGACUAUGGAUCAUUACGAUGGUGCAGAAUCGAUGGCUCGACAGUGCCCGUCCUCGGACCUUAAAGGUGGCUGCCCAGGCGCCACUCCUCUGCAGAGGCGGCUGGAGUCGGUGAGGAGGCAGCCCGCCCCGUGUGUGCCGCUGACGCCGCGGAGGAGGAUCCCCCAGUGCUCGCAGCUGCAGGAAAAUGUUGAUCCUCAAAAGGUUGCAUUCCUUCUGCAUAAACAGUGGACUUUAUAUAGUUUAACUCCCCUGUAUAAAUUUUCCUAUUCUAAUCUCAAGGAGUAUUCUAGACUUCUGAAUGCGUUUUUUACUACGGAAAAGCAAAAAGGACUUGCCGUGGAGGUGGGCGAAGACCUGAGCAUCAAGGUGACCUUCUCUACCCUGCUGGGAGUGAGAGGGACGCAGAGGGACCCUGACGGGCUGCUUGUCCAGAUUCUUUCCAAGUCUCCGUUGCCGUCGGCGAGCCGGGAAGGGAAGGUGCUGUGGACCGGCUGGCUGUGCUGUGUGUGUGGAGACAGCCUGCUGGGGAGCGUCUCCGAGGACUUCACGUGUCUGCCCUUACUCCUUGCAAAUGGAGCGGAGUCGAAUACAGCCAUAAUUGGAACUUGGUUCCAGAAAACUUUUGACUGUUAUAUCAGUCCCUUAGCGAUCAGCGCUUUUAAUCUCUCCUGGAUGGCUGCCAUGUGGACGGCGUGUGGAACGGACCGUUGCGUUGCCACCACUGAGCUCCUGUGGUCCGUGCCGUGCAGCCCCCACAGUCUGCACAUCUCCUACGCCAUCCACCCCGAGGAUGCGAGAGCUCUGUGGGACAGCGUCCACAAAACGCCCGGGGAGGUGACCCAGGAGGAGGUGGACUUAUUCAUGCAGUGCCUCGAGUCCCAUUUCUACAGACAUUUCCGAAUUCACCUGUCAGCUACGAAGCUGGUUCGUGUUUCAACAUCUGUAGCCUCGGCACACACUGAUGGGAAGAUCAAGAUCCUCUGUCAUAAAUACCUUGUCGGCGUCCUGGCGUAUUUGACAGAACUGGCAGUGUUUCAGAUUGAGUGAGGGCGGUGAGGUGUGGGGCGUGAGCUCUGCGCCCUG